AUUCAAUUACAUAUAACGGUCUUUUUUAUUGCUUUUUUUGUUCAAAUCCAAUUCCACAACCGGAAUCAUCUUCCUCCUACUCCUUACCCUCGUCCCACUUCUCGACUUUUGUUUCACCUUGCUGGUGAGUCCUAACCCGAGGGUAGUACCACACCUUCGUACUUGUUAUUCCUCUUCAGACUUCACACGGCCAAUGUUUGGUCAGUAGUAUCACCUCCGCCGCUGUGCGCUCGUCCUGGUCAACCUCCUCCUCCUCGUUCUCUUCAUCACCCGACGCCUAUCUGCCCUCCGUAUCUGCUGGAGGCUAAAGCUGUGAAAGAUACUCCCGGUCGAAAAGAAAAGCCAGUUACCCCAAGGCUUCCCUGGGCUGACUGUCGGCCUUGGUCUACUGCAGAUUGCUCAGUAUUGAUGGACCGCCCCACAUUCAGGCCAUUCCACGAAGCACGGCAGUGUUCGCAAUGGACAGAGAAGAUCUUGAACAGUUUUUCAAAUCCACUUGGCAAUCAACGGUCGAAAAAUCCAGGCGCACCCUUGAUCAAGAUGAUCAGGACACAAUUGACGACUUCAAGACAUGGGAAGCGUUGGAAAAAUGGGUUUUGAACAACGCACACCCCCCUAUCACCAUGACACGGCCGGCACUGGGCCAUUUGAAUGUGUUUGUGAAAUUCAUUCUGACAAAUCUGGGCCCGUGUGUCGAUACGCCGUUCUUUUGGGGUUCCCUGGCGUGUUUACUUGAUAUUGUGUCUAAGAACCUGAAGAUCUUGGAUGGAGUCCCUCGUAUGAUCCAGUCUCUAGUCUACAAAGCCGGUGCCGUCAAUACGCAUCUGAAAAGCGUGCAAGGAAGCCACAAUGCGGUCAGUGAGAAUGAUAUAAACGAGGUGUUGUUUUUCAUAUAUCUCGAAUUCGUGGACUUUUUCACGAGCUCCAUCAAGUAUAUUCACAGCCCAGAAGCAAACGGUGAGCACAAGUCUGUUCAACAACUCAUUCAACAGCGAUAUGAAUUGGCUACGUUGGAACUUAACGAGUUCCUUUUACGACUGAAAACACUGGUUACUGAAGCCCCCAUUCACCAUCCAGAGAAUGCAGCGUCCAUAAGAGGGUCGACAGCCAAGGAGCACGCCAAGGAGCACUGCCUUAUGUUACCGGAGAUUAUGAUCAGUCGUGUUUUUGAUCGACUUGAUGUUUUCGUCAAGCUUGAUGAACUUCUGGCUCCUGAUGCUGUCGAUCAGUCCCUGCAGUCGGUUGCUUUGCACGGCAUCCUGGGAGUGGGAAAGACGAGUGUUGCAUCUGCUUAUGCCGAGAAAAAGUGGUCCGAGAAGGCCUACAACGUAGUAUUAUGGGUUCAUGGAGAAACAGAUGCAUCAAUGCGCCAGGACUUUACCAGAAUUGCUCUGCGAUUGAGACUGCCCGACGCACAAGAGGAUACUCAUGAUGAGAAUCGAGUUCUGGUGCAGGACUGGUUUCAGACCACCCAAUGUAACUGGCUUGUGAUUUUCGAUAACGUUGACUCUUCAGAUGUGCUCGCACCGUACUGGCCGAGAAGCUCGCAUCACGGUAGGGCAAUAAUCACCACUCGAAAUUUUUCGCUUGCCUUUAACCCGGCAGCAUUUGGACUUGAGGUUCAGCCCUGGGACACCGAAAUGGGAGCAAAGUACUUGCUAUUUCUUUUAAAAAGAGCGGUGGGCCAGGAUUUGGCUUCUGAAACUGCCUCUGCUCUUACUCUUUCGCAGAAGAUCAGCGGACAUGCCUUGGCCCUUUCGCAGAUGGCAGGUAUGAUUCACGAGGGAGAGUAUUCCAUUAGAGAAUGGACAGCUAUGUACUUAGAGGAUCCGAAGCGGGCUCAUGUCAACGAACCAUUCUCCAGGCUGUGGCACUUCGCCUUUCGAAUACUCGAAGAAAAAGACAAGAAUAGCUUCUCACUUUUGGGAAUUCUCGCGUUUCUGAUGCCUGAUAUGAUCCAACCUGAGAUCCUUCAACCAAAAAGUGACCUUGAACUACCACAGGAGCUUGGAUUUUUCAGAGACAGGUUUGUCGGCUUUUCAUCUGCCCUAACCAAGCUCAUUACGAAGGCACUUAUCAAACGGGACAAAAGUUCGGGAGUCAUUACUGUACAUCGCCUGAUUCAAACCCAGUUCCGAUACUAUUUGAGCCCUGCGCAGCGCCAAGAGGCUUUCAAUAAUACAGUCAAGCUCAUAUCCUCUGUCCUCCCAGAGACUGACUCGGACAAGGGGCAAUUAUAUGACACUUGGGAAAGCUACAAUCGUUAUUUACAGCAUGUGCUUCAACUGAGGGACAUUUUCGAGGAAGAGCGGAGAGCAUCAACCUCCUUUAUGGCCCCUGUGAAAUUCUGUGAAAUCCUGAAAGACUAUCAAAGGUUCCUUUAUGAGAGCUUCUCCUUCGAAGAAUGCGAAAAGACUUGCGAAAUCAACCGCGAUGCCGCCUCAACGCUAGCUUCUGACUGUGACAGAAUCAACAUUGAAGGCAGCAUAAUCUCCCAUCACGCUCAAGUUCUCGAAAAACUGGGCGAUCCAGAAAAGGCCGCGAUAUUCUGCCAGCAAGAGAUAGACAUGAGAAUCAGGGAAUCGCCCAAGAAACAUAUUCUCCUAGCUUAUUCCAGUUGCAACCUCGGGAUCAUUUAUAGCAGUGCCAAUGACUUCGCCAAGUCAUUGUGUGCCUUUCGCGAGUCUCACAAGUGGUGGGAUGCCCAUUGCGCCAACAAAGGCGAAGCCCAGGAUAUAGUGCCGUCAAUCUCCGUCAGUGAAGCUCGAUGCAUGAUCGGCCUCGGUGAAUUUGAAAAAGCGGAAAAGAUACUUGAAACUGCGAUAUCCAAAGUUAAGGAAGAGAGACCUCUAAAUUUUGGAACUCUGGCAUAUGCUCACUUCUGUUUUGGAGUUCUGUAUCGAACUCAACACAAAUACGACUCGGCUGAGGCUCGAUUCAUCGAAGCCCAGAACGCAUGGCUUGAAGGGGGCCAAUCACGAAAACAUCCUUUUAAUGCGGGGAUACUGUACAAUAUUGGAGCAUGCUGUCUGGACCUGGGCAAGACCGGAGCUUCCAUUAAACACCUCAAGGACUCUUUGGAGGUUACAAUGCUGUAUGAUCGUAGCUUGCCAGUUGAGAAUGGUCGCAAUUACUUCAAACUCUCCGAGGCGUUGAAGCAAAAUGGAGACGACAGUGCUGCAGAUGCAGUUUCUACGAGGUGCAAAGCCGAAGCAUGGUUGGCGGAAAGGAAAUCAGGCUUAGUUGAAAAUGGAACCGAGAGUUCCUACAGCGAUUUAAUUCCAGUGUAUUGGAGAUAGACCCCGGCGUGCUUUAGGCCGGACUAUAUUCGUUUCCACAGGUGGCCAGGAGAUUUUACCGUACUGACUCCAUCCGAACACAUUCGAUUGUCUCACUUGUCCUUUGCCGCUGUCUCAGUAGCUUGAAAAUUCCAAUACUAAGAAAUACAUAUACGUGCUUAAAAACGGUUUCCAAAUCUUCUAAAUGUCAUGGUCGAAUUGCAUACACAACCUGGACCACGCCGACUAGCAGCUGCAACGCCGCUAAAACAAGCCCACAUCCACCGAUAAUUACGACCGCCCAGAAGGUAUACCACUGCACUAAAUUGCGUUUGUCCCUCCCAACAUCUGAUAGUUUGCUGGGCUGGCGUCUCAUAUUGUAUCUUUGUAGCGUCAGCAGCCUGGAACCGAAAACGGGAAAAUCAUCCUUGGCUGAAUACGUGUCCGACUCGAUAAGCUCGUUGCCCGCGCUGAGGGACGAGAUGGGGAAAAGUCGCCCUUCAAUACAAGGAAUUGGCUGUCUCCUGAACCCAAGUUGCGAUAGAUGCCGGCCAGGAUAUAGAGCCAGACUGCACAAGGUCUCAAGAAACCCAUCCUUCUCGCCUUGGUAGCAGCGAGAUUUAUGGCCUGGAGUCGCUCUGCCGGAGCUCAGUUUGAAACUGCCUAGCAUUCUCCUCAUCAAUUUCCGUGAAGUCUCUGACUGACCAAAGAGAACACGAUAGGACAGCAAUAUUUCUCGAUACACUGAGUCUGGUUCCUCCGAUAAGCCAAAGGAGUCCUCAGAAGGCAGCAUUAUUCGUGUGAUACU